UUGUACAUUUGCACCAGUGCUGCUGCCAUACAAACACGCGAGGCAACUAAAUAAAGAGAGCCGUCAGUGUGUGUUUGUCUUUCUCCAUGUUGGUCACAGGCUGAAGAGAGACACAGAGGGAAAGAGAGAGAGAGAGAGACAGGGGGAAACUGAAAUUCUCUCAGGUGAUCCAGCAUUCAUGAAAUAAUCUUGGCUUUACCCGCGUCCAGAGUUUCAUCACUUCCCCGCCCCCCUGUGGGACUCCAGGUGCUUAACCUCCCUCCUGCCGGUUCUGCAUGGUCAUGACCUGUCAUCACGUCCCUUCCACAGCCCACCUUAUCCUAUUGGCCCUGCUCACUGUCAUUCUGCAGCUGGCUGGCACCGCCCCUGUGUGGGUUGAGGGAGGGGAGGGAGGGGUGGAGGGGCGCACCCAGACAGACCCUAAAGAGGAUAACCUCACCCCCUUCCUCUUGCACCCGCCUCAGAGUCUCCUCAGCCCCGACAACAACACGUCAGAAGACCGGGGCCUGGGUCAAGACAACCCGUUGGAGAGAGUGAGCGACCCUGUGCAGGUGCUUGCCGUUCUUUUGGAGGCAUUGGACCACACGGGAGAGGGUGAAAUCAGAGACUGGGGAGGGGAUCAGAGUCAGGACCUGCCCCCCGAUCAAGACUCGGAGGGUGGUGAGAUAAGGAGAACCGGGGAGACGGAGGGAGAGAGAGAGGGGGAGGAGGAGGAGGAGGAGGAGGAGAAGAGGGUGGGGCGAGUGGCAGAUAAGGCUAUUGAACAGCUAAUUGUAGGCCAUCUGACAGCUGCUCAGGGUGAUGACUUAAAAGAAAGGGAUGAGGAGGAUAAGAACUCAAGGUCAGAGGAGGACCAAAGGUGGUCCGUGGAGGAAGUAGGAUCUGAUAAUGCAAGUGAGGAGGAAGAGAAAGAUGAGGGGCAGGAGGAGGGAAAUGAUUUAGAGAGUUUUUUGAACAAAGCCAGGUCAAGUUCCACCUCCCAGGGAGAUGAUCUUGCUCUGCAGCGAAAAAUAAGAGGCUACUUCCAGAACAUUGACUUGGGUCUCCAAGACAAUGAGAUCCUGCCUCCGCUGAAGGGCUACAAGGCUUACAACACUCAGCUGGCACGAGCCGGGAAGAAGCUGCACUGGCAGGACAACCAGGCGAGCAACAGACCCGCCAAGGGGGGGAACUUCAUGGACGACUUCGAGGAUGAAGGAGAGGAGCUGGAGGAAGAGGUGGAGGAAGAAGAGGAAAGCCUCUCCCACAUGGAAGAGGAGGCGAGGGCACGUGCAGAGAAACAGGAGGUGCUCCGGCAGCAGGAGGAGGCGGAAAGAGCCAGAGAGGAGGAGCAGAGGCUGGCAGACAUUGCCUCCGACAUGCUGCUGCAGUACAUGGGGAGGAAGCAGCAGUCCUACAUGAAGCCGCGGCAGAAAAGCAGCAUGGGCGCUGCGGGCAACACAGCUGAGGACAAGCGCUCAGAGGAGGUCAGCCAAGACGACGACGACAUGGACCAGCAAAUGAUCGACCGGCUUAUCGAGAUCAGCAGCAAACUCCACCUGCCUGCUGACGAUGUCAUUGAGAUUAUUAGUGAUGUGGAGGAGAAGAAGAAGAAAAGGAAAGAGUUGCAACAGCAGCCGAUCAACAGCAACCCCGUGGCUCCGCGCUUCAGGCCCCUGGUACCUCCUCCCUUGGCUGCUCCUCCUCUCUACCACUACACAGCCUCAAAAAACCCCAAAAAGAACCCUUACAGGUACAACAAGUCCAACAAGAAAUGGCACAAGGACAAAGUCAAGUCGUACAAGCAGGACUAUUGGUACAAGCCUCAGAAGCAGCUUGACUACUGGUACAAACCCCAGAAACAGUUUUUAGCUUUCCCCUCCUAUCCGUACUACCAGAAGCCAUAUCGAGCAUACUAUCCUGUUUAUUUCCCAUAUCCCAAAGGUCAAUAUUAUGGCAAAAACUCCCCUUCCAGAGAACAGCCAUUCGGCCCCCAGGAACUUGACCUCCAGCCCCCAAGGCGCAGGCACAGGGGCGGGGGUAAGAACCGCGGUCAGGGCUGGAGACAGCAGCCUCCGCCACGCUUGCCUCUCACACCUUAUAUCUCUAACUAUAUCCUUCCUCACCCACGGACCUACCAACCCCUACCUCCGCCCAAACCAAUAACCCCACCCAGGAGAGGCAGGCGACCCCCUUACUACUAUCCACAAGCGACACCACGAGAUGACUAUGAGGAAGACGGGCUGGUGCCUCAGCUGGACAGUGAGGAGGAACUGGAAAACUUUAUUGAGAGGAUCUACAUGAAACGCAGAAUGUAUUGAGACUUUUUGGACAUUUGUCAGAUCUGAGGGACUAAUGGGGGUGGGAUAGAUGUACGGUAUUUGGAGAACAGCUAAUAUGAAGGUGAAAGAAAAAGACUGUGUUUGGAGCCUGAUGGAAAUUUAAGGGUCAAGAAGUCAAAAGUGAGAUUUCUAUUGUUUCAAAUCACUGUAUUUUUUUUUUAUUGAUUUCUUCUAUCAGGGAGGGGAUGAAGGCGCCCAGUCUAAGCUCCCUGUAACCAUGUUCAGCCUCUUGCUCUGCUCAGUUUACAUUUUAAAACAGAACAUACCAUGGUGUAUGUCUGCCUCCAUUCAGGUCAAUCUCUGAUGCAUUUUUCAGAGUUUUCUAGAGGACACAUGCACAACACAUACACACAAGAACACCCACAUGCAUCCACACACCUAUACACACUUACAUUAUUGUCACAUUCUCAAGCAGAUGAGUCCAUUGCAAGAGAACCAUGUUUACAACAUCACUUUGUAUCUUUUGUGUUUUUUUGUUCUGUGUGACAUAAUGCAAAACUAAAGUAGGUCCAUGAUUUCUUAGCUGCACAAAUAUGAAAGAAGGUAUCCAAUGUUAACAGUAUAUUUUUGUUGUAUACGAUGUGUGUAGUUGCCUUCUUUUCCUGGAUUGGAUACAUUUUUAAACAGAUGCAACUUUCAAAGGUGCCAAAUUCACACAUUUCAGUUACAAGAUUUAGACUUUUGCCUUACAAGCACCUUGGUUCUAUAAUGGAAACAUCAUAUUGCAUAUUAUUAUCAUCACGACAGGUCCCGUUGUAGAAACCCUGUGGACUCCAAAAGCACAAAGUUAACACUAAACACUUCCAACCUGGUGGACGAAGGGUUUUUAAUCAUUCUGGGAUCCAGAAAAUAUUGUUUCAACAAUGGCAGAGUCACCACAAUCGUAAAGAAACUGUACUCCUCGACCUUGUAGGAGUCUUUUUUCAUUGUCUAAUUUUCAUCUUCACUCACAUAUUUUUGUUCUGUCGUCAUCAUUUUCUGUCUCUGAUCAUAUCUCUAUAUCUUUACUUUCUUUGCAAAAGAAAAUACUUGAAAUUACACUACAUUGUUCUGCAGCCUUUUUCAAACAGAUUUCCAACAAGAGGCUACAAACAUUUUGUUCAUUAUCAGGAGAAAAUUCAUUGAAAAGUUUCAGGCCGGGGAGUCAGGGAUUGUGCUUAAACCGUUAAAUGCACGUCUUUCUACUUGCAUCUUAAAAAAAGAACAAAAAAAAAAGAACAAAAAAAAGAGAAAAAAUAAAACAGUAUGGGGAAUUCAAGAUGGUUGUUUUCUCUGAAUAAACUGUGAACAUAAAAAAAAUAAAUCUCAAAGGAAAAGGGCCACUGUGUCCGCAGUGAAGCCAUCUGUCUUGUAAAAGGAGAGUGUUGUUGUUGAUGUCACCUUUAGCAUUGUAACAUGUACAGUGUGAAAUAAAUAUGCCCGUGCAAUGUGUAAAUAA